AUGAAACCGCUAAGCAUAAUUGCUGCCUUAAGCAUAUUCGUAAUAGGAGGGCAUAUUAUCCGAUACGUGACUAACACCGCUGCUGGAAUUAGCGCCUUGGAUGCGGAUAAGUUCCUAGAUUGUGGUAUCAAGGAGUACUCAUUCAAAUCGUUCUUGAAGAAUGUAGAAGGUAGCCAUGAUCCAAGGGUCAUGCCUAGUAUUUGGCUCGAGGCUCUUGCCCAGGAGUUGUUUCACAAUGAUGAGCUCUUUGAUUCAGAAUUUGGAUUGCCAUUCCGCUGGCUGUCAUGGUUAGAUCUUGAUCGAGCUGAGAACUGGAAAUGUAGAUACCUUCAGGGAGCUGACGCAGAUUGCUGCAACCAAGUAGAUGGAAUCGUGAGUCCAAUAGAUAGAAGCUUUUCAGAAAUAACUAGAAAUAUCAUUGGAGCAAGCUAUUUGGCGCAUCAGGGAUCCGUACCUGAGAGGGUACUAUUCUUAAGCGGCGAUGGUAAUGACCUGUUGGCAGGAAUCAUUGUUCCGACAUGCCCAAGUGGUAUCCUAGAUAGAAAUUUGCUAUUGAACAAAUACAACUUGGAACAUCUUGACUAUCUAAUAUUGAAUGAGAAAGCUAAGAAAGUGAAUGAACUAAUCAGAGAGAUAACUACGCUGAUCUCAUUCAUUGACGAUAAUCUUAUGAAGAGAGAUAAGAUUAGAAUUAAGACAGCACCAGACUUUCUCCUCAAAGAUAAUUUAGUUUCACUUGCUAAAUCGGAGUUUAUUUUCGACGUCAAUUUACAUAUUGAAGAUUCCAGCAAAUCACUAGCGCAGUCACUUUCGACAUCUUCGAUUAAUGAUUUCGACUCCGAUGUACUCUCAAUGUUCACAGGAGAGUCAAUUAAUGGUGACAACGCGAAGUACUUCCACGAAGCGAAUCUUAUAAACUCAGGUAAGGGUUCACACUUCGAUUGGCGAUUUUUCCGUACCACCAAGAUGUCGACCUAUGAGCGGCAAGUGAUCCUACAUAGAAUGGCGAGGGUAUGGUUUAAAUUCGCUAAGCUAUCUGGAGUCAAGUCGUGGUUGGGUCAUGGGACUCUACUUGGAUGGUACUGGAAUGGAUUCAGCUUUCCGUGGGAUGAUGAUAUGGAUGUUCAAAUAUCCAUCGAGGGUUUGUACAAGUUGAGUAGGAAUUAUAAUCAAACUUUUAUUGUAGACAUUACGGAUGGAGAAGGGAAGUUCAACAUUGGCAUGGGUCAGUACUUCCUAGAUAUUGGGUCUCAUAUAUUCGAAAGGGAUAAACAAAAGGGGAAUAAUGUCAUUGAUGCCAGGUUGAUAGACGUCAGAAGUGGUCUUUACAUAGAUAUCACUGCAUUAUCUUUCACCCAGUCUGCAAAAGCGCUAAUAUUGCAAGACAAGAACAGUGAAGAAGAGUUUAAAAAGGUUCUAAUGAAUUAUGCUGAGAACGAUUUAAGCAAACAGAUGUCUUAUGAACAAUUCUGUGAAACUAGAGCACUACUUUGGAACAGUCAAGCUUUAUUCAACUGUAAAAAUAAUCAUUUUUAUACCAUGGAAGAAGUGGGCACUUUGAUCAUGACGACCUUUGAAGGAAUUCAAUGUUUUGUACCUAUAGGAUUUGAGAAAAUUCUAGAGAGAGAGUAUGGCGAAGGCUUUAGGCAGCCGUGGUAUGGGGGAUGGCGAUUUAGAGACUCAAUUUGGGAGAAAGCUGGCAGGAGGAAGGGAAGCAAGGAAACCCAUUCUGAACUCAAGCAAACCAAUUCUAUGACUGAAAUUCACGAACAGGAAAUGAAAUACUUGAACCAAACUGAUAACCUCCCAAUAUUUAGGCAUGUAGUUGAGGAAAUUGGCUCGUUCAGAAUUGAUCCGUGGAUUAUCAAACAGAGCCUACAGGCGGAGAGCUAUUAG